GUGUGAGGUGCGCCCACUGUUCCUCGCCUGUCAUUCCGGGUGCUGGCCGUCACCUCUACCAUCAUCAUCAUCAUCACAAACUCUAGUAUUUCUCACAUACAUCUAUAGUUUUAGAACUUUAACUAUGGCAGUAAAUGUAUUUUCAACAAGUGCAACCACGGAAAACUUGAGUCGUCAUGACAUGCUCAACUGGGUCAAUGACUGCCUCCAGUCUUCAUAUACUAAAGUGGAAGAGUUGUGCACUGGAGCAGCAUACUGCCAGUUUCUGGACAUGCUCUUUCCAGGGUCCAUCAUGCUGAAGAAAGUCAAGUUCAAUACAAAUUUGGAGCAUGAAUAUAUCAACAACUUCAAGAUCUUGCAGUAUGCCUUCAAAAAACUACAAGUAGACAAGAUUGUACCUGUUGAUAAACUGAUAAAGGGAAAGUUCCAAGAUAACUUUGAAUUCCUUCAGUGGUUCAAGAAGUUCUUUGAUGCUAAUUAUGGAGGGCAAGAAUAUGAUGCCCUCGGAGCACGACAAGGGGAGCCUAUGUUUGGUAGGGGUGGUCCAGCUAGAAAACCAACUGCUCCUGCUAAUACUUUUCGACCUAUGGCGCGUCCAGCUGCUGGAGGGGCUCGUCAAACUCCUUCCCGUAUUGCCUCCAGACCAGCUGUUAGUACUCGCUCUCCAGGUGGUAAUAAUGCACAAGUGGAGGAGCUCUCUGGUCAGCUGAUGGAUUUGAGACUGACUGUUUCGGGACUGGAGAAGGAACGUGAUUUUUAUUUCGGUAAACUUCGAGAGAUUGAGGUUUUGUGUCAAGACGAGGGUGAGAACAAUGAAUUAAUCGGAAAAAUCCUGGAUAUCUUGUAUGCCACAGAGGAGAGUUCUGCAGAGAAUCCAGACAGCUUUACUGAGAACAUCCCUGACAAAAUACAGGAUGGUUUUGCCGCCCCUGAGGACGUAGAAGACGUGCCACCUCCUCCAGAAGAAGAAGAAUAUUAAUUUAAUAAAUGCACUACUUGUACCCUCACACAACACUAAAGCAAGUGUAACAGAGGUGUUUUAAGUUCUAGGUGUCUUUUGAUAAGUCAUUGCCCUAGGACUGCUAUAAGUUUGAAGUCCUGUGCUUUCCCUGGACAAUACUGAGAAACUACAUAUAUUGAAAGCACUGUUAUUCAUCUGAGCUUGAGCGAGUAUAUGAUGGCUAGUGAAAAAAAAAUUAAAAACCUAAUUAUAAGCUAAUGCAUUUUUUCACAUCUCUGGAAAAUAACUCACAAAUAACUUCUUUUUUUUUUUGCUUGUCAUUUAACAUUGUUUAUAUGAACUCAAGCAGGUUGGGUAAUUGAAUGACAAUAAGUAACAAAAAGAGGAGUUGUUACUUUAUACUCUAAGCAUGACACAGCUGUUUUACACACUGAGAAACCUUCCCUGUCAUCUUGUCUGUACGUCUUAUUGUUUACUGCUACUGUUAUCUGCAAAAUAAAUUAUUUGCAACAGCUUUCAAAAA